AUGUCUCUAUCAGAUAAACAAAACAACAGCAUGGCAGGCAAACCGUUUGUCCCACAGGUCGGCUCUGCUUAUAGAAAUACUAAGACUCCGUUGACGCCAAAGCUUGCCGGCUUCAAUUCCCAUCUACCUCGAAAGCUCGCCCAUUUUGACUCCCCGAGCCCGAAUAACAACCGCACCCCUGACGUCUCGACCCCCAAGCCGUCGGCCAUCAAUAACGCGAAUAUAACACCAAGAUCUAGUCAGAGAAAGGCUAGAAAGGAUGGAAAUCCAUCUCCGGCUGCAACUACCCCUCCUCCGGGCCAUCUGGCUCCCCGUCUGGCCAGCCAAAGGAGCUCACGGAGCAACCCUAACGAGGUAUCGCCCACGCCCCAUGAGCAACACACCAGUUUGAACCUCAGAGUCUCGAGAGCAAAGAGCAUGAGCAAUGAACCUUUCGGCUACUUGCCAAACAACCGGCCAGCAUCAUCAUGCGGUAGCUCUGUCGGGACUCCGAUGUUCUUCCAUGCAGACGAUGCCCGCUCACCGACAUCCUCCGCGUACGACACAGAAUCGAAACCUCAACCUCAAUCGACUCUACACCUUGCCCCAAAGUCAUUUAUCUACGCAGAUGGUCGAACCGAAGACCCUACAGACUCUGCUGAACCCUCCUAUAAACAACAGCCUCCUGUAAAGAAGCCGGUACUGGCACAGUCAACCCCUAUAAAAUCUCCAGAGUUAUUCGUCUCUCCUCGGCUUCAAGAAACCUCCCCGUCAGGGCCACAGCUUAAACAGUUUACAGGCAAUGCAACCGAACAACACAUAUUCAGCCCAAAACUCGUGCCGGCACAAGAAAAGGCGUUUCCUCAGAUACCCAAUAACACCGGCCGUAAUGACCAGACACCCGGGAACUCCGUCAGGUUCGGCCAUAUGAAAUCUACCAGCUGCGACUCAACCCACACUGUGGGCCGAAAGCAUUCGUUUUUGGCUAGCCCUCUAAUACACCGUCCUGCACUCACACAGGAUAGCGCACCCCAACCAGCCGAUGAUUCUAUCGACCAAAGCCCUAGAGUUUCACAUAAUCCAUCACAUUCCUCAGAGGAUAUAUCGCAGCAUCUUCUCCCACGAGCUCCGAGCCCGUCCAAAGAUGACGGUAACGGUAACGAGCUUCAGAGGAUGAAUGAGCUAGCUGCCAAUGCCAGACGAGAACGAAAAGUUUUGGACCUCGAGAUCAGCAACUCGUCUCUACUAGCCAUAAACCGUGCUCUAGAGCGAGAAAUGCGAAAGCAAAAUGCUGAACUCCGUCGAUUUCGCCGUCUGAGCCGCUCCGGCCGGUUAUCCAUGACAUCCACUCGCCGGUCUGUUUCAGGAGGUGGUCUCUCGAUACUUAGUGAAGCAGACGGAGACGACACGGAUAGCUAUUCACAUUUCCGUACGUCACCUGGCUACUCAGCUGAUGAGCUAACAGAUGACGAGAUCGACCCUUCAAGUUCGGAGGAGGACAACAUGAGUUCCGGCCAUGCCGCAGAGCAUGAUGAGAAACACCGAGCUAAAGAUGAAAGCCGACUACUUCUCGAUCUAAAAAGACAUCAACAGUUGCUUAUUGAUAGUCAGAAGAUGAAUCAGAGCAUCAAACGUUGUCUUGGGUGGACAGAAAACCUUAUAUCAGAAGCCAAGAAGGCACUGGAAUACAGUGUCCAUGUGAGCGACGUCGAGGUCGGCGGUCGAGUUCUUGGCCCUGAUGACUUUGAUGGCGACUAUUUUAAAAAUACCCGAGGCCUCCUGAGUCCCUCGAUGGAUAUAUCUUGUUCGGAUAUACCGUCGUUCGAAGAACAUGGGGCCCUUGAAUCACCUCCAUCUAUACCCGAUAGAGAUACAAGCCGUUCGCCAUCACCCAUCGGAGAGACAUAA